CCCUGUUUGUUGCUGUGCUAAAGAUGGCGUCUGUGCUAUGCCAAGAUUAUGGCGUUUGCUUGAUUAUAUAAAUUUCGAAUGGAGGAAGGCUGAGUAGAUAAAAAUACGAUCUUACGGUUAGGAAAAGUAUUAGAUACACAUAUAUGAUGAAAGAUUGAAGUCAUAUAUCCAGUUAAACAUAGAACAGACGUACUUUUUUCGCAGGCCCGACGUAAUUCCGAAAGCGAGCGAGGGGUUAAAAACUACAACUCCCAGGAACUCUCCAUAGAGGCGUUGCCAGGUUGUAGCUAUCCUGUUUGUAAUGAUGGUGAGUGUAGUUUUUCUUCUGCAGGUUAGUGCCUUCUUCACAUGAGCUGAAAAUAGUUAUUUGUAUUUGUUAAGAAGGAAAACCAAGAUAUAAUUUAAAAAAUAUUUGAUGGAAGUCUGAAUGUUCUCUGGGUAUCCACAUAUUUCCAAAUACCCACAUAUCUUGCUCAGGCCACCCCUGUCAUAUACUAAGUGUGGUGGGGCAGUGUUGUCAUGGCCACACAUGGCCAUUUAAAAAACUCUAAAAUUAGUAUCAAAGAUGGGCAGUCAGCCCUCCCAGAGUCUUCUUUGACAUGGUGCAUUUCCCAGUUGUCCAAAGUGUCACUUGCAGCCAACAAUCAGAUCAGUGGCACCCAACAGACAGAGCUGAAACAUUGUGAUGGUAGGGACAAGACCAAUGACAAUCAGAAGAAGCUUCAGGCCAGCCAGUGGCGAGCUCUCGUGGCUAUCCGGACACAGCACAUCAAAGGGGGCAACAGCAGGAUAAGCCGGUACAGAGUUCAGGGGGGUUUGCCGCCACUUCUCAGCGUCCUAAGAAGAUCUGACACAUCGAGGAAAACCCUGGACCUGGCCCUCAGCAUUCUGGCCAACUGCUGCACGGAGAGAGAUGCAAGGAGAGAGGUCAGAAAACUAGAAGGAGUGUCUGUGCUAGUGGACAUCAUGAAGAAACAUGUGUCUGUGGAGACCUUGAGGAAUCGAGCUGCUCGGGCAUUAGGCAACCUUGCUAUGGAUCCCGAGGGUUCAGCUUUGGUUCAUUCUGCUGGCGGAAUACCUCCACUUCUCCUCUGCCUGUCUCUGUCACCUCCACCCUCCUCCCCCUCCCCCUCCUCUUCCUCACCCUCACCCUCACCCUCCUCUCCCAACCCCUCCUCCCCUUCUCCGCCCGCCCUGCCAUCCCCUGCCAAGCUGGAGUGUGCCCAGUCGGCCGCCCGUGCCCUCCUCUACUUGGCAGACACCCCCGCCCACCGCCUCUCGCUGCUCUCCCACGGAGCUCUGCAAGGGCUGGCUCCACUCCUGUCUCCAGAGCUGCCGCUGGGCCUGCGACGGGCCUCUCUGCGCGCCCUCCACGACCUCACCCGGGGCUGCACUGCGGAGUGCGCCCGGGAGAUGUCGCGGUCGGGGGCGCUGGCUCAUCUAGGGGUCCUUAUUGCGGCUUCAAAGGAGAGGGAGGGGGAAGAGGAGGAGGAGAAGGAAGAGGAGGAGGAGGAGGAAGAGGAGGAUACCAAGGCCCUUGAAGAGCUGACGCUGAAGACCUUGGCCAACCUGUGCACUCAGGGCUGCCUCAGGCCGCUCGUGGGCUCCCUUGGGGCCGUUCAGAAGUUCACCGAGGAGGUGAAGAGGGACCCGGGAGUACCCAGGACGGCCAUCUUUCUCAGGGCUCUGUGCUUGUGCUGCAAGGAAGCGGUGAAUCGGGUCAAAGUCAAGGAGAGCGGCGGACUGGAGGUCCUGAUUGGCUUCCUGGCCGCCCAUCAAAACCAUCCCCUCACGCGAUUGGCCAUCCUGGCCUGUGUAGAUUUUGUCUAUGACGAGUCGGCAUUGGAGCACCUGCAGGAUCUGGGGCUGAUUCCACUUCUGGUGGCGCGACUGGUGGAGCACGCUAAAGGGGAGGAGACUGUGACUAAGGCAGAGCUCAGCCCCUCCGCAGCCAGUGACCUGAUGUCUCCAGCAGGCUACGAGUCCUUUGACUUUCCGCACCCUGAUGGGAACAGGAAGGAUGAUGUUGGAAAGGAACAAGGGGCUGGGUCGUCCAGUUUUCUAAGCUUGAAGUCCUGGCUGGUGUCGGAGGGUUUGAUAUCUUCUGAGGGAGACCUUCUGGAGUCUUCCGCCGGUGUGGAGAGCGACUGUGGUAGUUCCCACGCCUCGUCCCCCUCCGUGGCGUCCUCCUCACCCACUCUCUCAGUCCUAGAUGCAGCCUCCUCGUUUGCCACGUGUCCGUCGCCAAACUCAGCAGUCGCUCAGCCCAACACUGUGGCCUCAUCCAGGCUGGCCCCUCUGUCCCCUCUGAGCCAGCUCGCUCCACAUUCCACACAGAGAAACAUGCCCACGUCUCCCUCCGCCCCCCAAAGCCCACCCCUGUGCAUUGUUCCCAAACCCACCAGCCCUUCCAAGAUCUGCUCGCCACCCAAGAAAAGACCCAGAGUGUCCUCCUCUUCAUCUUCCUCCUCUGGUUAUUCCACAUCAUCCUCCUCUCUUUCCACCCUCUCCUCCUCCUCCACCACCUCCUCCUGCUCCAGCAUGGUGUCUCUGGAGGCCCCGCCGGUGAUGUCCAAGACCCCCGUCUACCAGCACCCCUACCACCCGGAGCCGUGGGCCCCCGAGUCGCCCGUGCUGCUGCUGCUGUCGCGCUUCUCGCACGCUUCUGACCCCAGCGCGGCGCUGGUGAAUGCGGGCGUGCUCUCGGGCCUGCUCUACUACCUGACGCAGCACCGGGACCCCAGCGGACGCUGCUUCCGCAUGCUCAGCCGCCUCAGCUGCAACCCCAACUGCCUGCAGGCGCUGCUGCGGACCGGGGCCGUGGCCCUCAUACGCCACGACCUGUGUCUGCGCAGCGCCAGCGGCGGAGUCGCAGCCAGGCGCGGAAAGGACAGGCAGACUGACCGUGUGAAGGCCAAAGUCAGGAGGCUAGGUCUUGGCUUGCUGAGUAACUUGCGAGUUCAGUGCGAAGCGGGCUUUGGCACCGGGGUGCUGUCCCAUAUCAUGCUGUCUGGUGUUGAAGUGGACCGAAUGUUCUGUGCUCUCUCAUUACCUCUUAUUUGCAGUAACAAAGUCCUGUUGAAGAAGCUCUUGCUUGACAACGGCGGCCUGGUGCAUGCUCUGGAUCCCCUCCUCUGUACCGACGACGGUAAGGAGGAAGACAACAGCAGCCGUGCGGAGAAGUGCCACAACUUCCUGUCCAGUUGGCUCUGCCCUCCGCAACAGGAAGUGACAUCAUCCAGACUCCACUCCCUCUACACCUCUCUCCUCAUUGGCUGCCUCUCCAGUCUGCUGGCUCACGGCAAGACGGAGCUGGACCAGAAGAGAGUCAGCAGCGCGGAGCCACCACCCCAGCCCAUGACAGAUACCGCCGCGUGUUCCACCGCUAGCAUCGUAGCUCCUGCUAAGGACACGGGAAGUGAUGCGCCCCCAUCGCCAAAGAAGCCGUGCCGGUCCGCCAGCAGCUGCUCGUACACCGACGCCACCCACGACAUCUUCCUCCGUCUGGACGACGGCAGCCAGGUCCCUGCCUGCAGGGCAGCUCUGGAGGGUGGGGAGGAGGAGUCGGGGGACGGGGGGUCCGAGUACUUCCGAGCUCUGCUGACUGGAGGGUUCGGAGAGGCUCAGCGCUGCCAAGACGGCCAGGCCAUUCCCAUCAGGGACGUGCACUACGGCGUGCUGUUGCCCGUGCUGCAUUACCUGCAUGGCUGCCGCGUGGACGCCGGAGACAACGGGGCAGAGCUGAAGACACAGGGCACAUCGGAGGAAGAUGCUACUGCUGCUGCUGCCGCACCAGCACGCUGUAGCUUUUUGGAGUCUCUGUUCAAGCCAAAGGGCUGGGUCACUACUUCAGACUUCCAGAAGAGCGCUCUGUCGGAGGGGAUGGUGGGUGCGUGCCGCUUCUUGGUGACCGGUUUGCAGAGAGAUGCAGAGCACAUGUGCGUGGCCUUGCUCCGCUCCUGCGCGGCCUUGAUCAACUCUUCAGCAGCAGCAGCAGCAGCAGCAUCCUUACCUCAGAGGUUGCCCAAGUCUUCUGUUUUACCCGACGACGGCAGCAGCAGGAAGACAGUGAAACGGGACGGUGUGCCCAGGCCGCUGCAGCAGCCCAGCAAGGUGCUAAAGACUCCUUUGGCGUCAGGACCAAAGUCAACCUCCAAGACCACCAAACCCCAGGACCCUAAGGUCGCGAGCAGCAAAGAUGGCGAGCAGCAGCAGCUGCUUCGCCAAACACCCCUAAAGUCGUCGUCCUCGCAGGAUAUCCCAAGGGUAUCUGCAGACGAGGCAUCGGAGGAACGCUGUUCGUCACUGGCCCGUCUGCUACCACAGAUGUACUGGUUCUCCCAGCGCUACAACUACCCCAGGCUGGGUAAAGCGUGUCUGGCCGUCUUGCUGCGUCCACAGGGGCACGGGGCAUGUCGCGGAUCACUAGCUUCCUGUCUUCCACCGGCCCAGGCCGCCGAAUGCCUGCUACAGCUGUCCAAGGAUGCAGACAGUCGGGAAGACUUGAAACAGGACCUGCUGCAGCUAGCAGCCACAGCACUUAGUUAAAAGGGAUGAAAUGGGAUGGAAGUUCAUCUGUUAGCUGCAGGACACCACAAGAUGGGAGUUAAGAGAAAUUAAAGGUUCUGAUUUUUCUUUUCUCGCCCUCCGUCAUUGACCCAUUUGUUGUUGUUAUUGUAUUAUCUCGGUGUCAUUCCUAAAAAAAUCAUUGCCACGAUGGAAUAUCUUUGUUUACCUUUUUUUUCUUGCCAAUUCCACAAUGAUUUAUUUAGUUUGUGUUUUUCCUGCAUUUUUGUCAUCAGCUUUUAAUUUUGGCCAGAGCAUCUUUCUGAUCUUCCUAGUGUCAACAGCCCAUUGUUAUAUACUAUACUGUCGAUGUGGCCAUAUAAGCUAAGGUGCUCUCUUUGGCCACCGUUUGAUUUUGAAAAGGCAUUGGUCUGAACUGAUAUGUGUCGAUAUGUUUUCCUAAAAACAAAACAAAAAAUCAGUUCAACAGGAUUGCCUUUGUACUUGCUUUUUAAUUUUGUACUCAUUUUGUAAGUAUUUUUUGUAAAUAUGUAAAAGAGGUGUCAAGAUUAUGCCAAGUUAAUAUGUUUUGGCCAAGUGAGCCAAAUUGAGUAAUUGAUGUCUGCUGAAUUAGCUCUCCUCUGUCACAUGCAGAUUAGUUUCGUUCUUCGGUGUCAUACAUGGUUGCCAUAGAUUGCCCGAUCCCUUACCCCAACAAGCACAUAGAUGAUCUGUCCACCAGCCUCUCUCUUAAAUCCUGCUAGAAAUGUACAUACUGUAUAGAAGAGACCUUAUAGAGAUGUAUAGUGUAUAAUGAGAUGUGACAGUGAAAAAUCUGAAUAAACCGCACACAAACAUGCCA